AUAGCUAUAGAGUGUAGACUUAUAUCCAUAAUGGUAAGUAACUGGGUUAUCCUGAGCGUCCUAGCGUCAGUAAUAUCAGUGAUCACCGUUCACCAAAGGGAUUUUCGCGUGGAUGGAAGAGUAUUUAAGGGCCCGAAGAAUUUAAUGUACGAAAUUAUGGACCUUAAAGUUACGUUGUAUUGGAGUCCGAGGACGAGGUGGAAGGGCUAUAAUUACACAUACAAAGUCUAUACCUGUGUAGCACCGUGUGGAAAUCGUCAAAAAGAAAACAUAUGGGCUAUCAGAGAUUGUGAUGUAAUACGGAGAGACAAUCAGCAUUAUUGUUCGCCAUCGGUAACUCCAGAAUUUAAAGGGAAUUUUAGAGUUGCUGCCAUUCUUCAUAGACCUCAAGGAAACUUUACAAAAGAUAUUCAAACUAAAUACAAGUUUACACCAGAAAUUUAUGUCAAAGGCGAUAGUUCAUUUAGUCCACCAAAGCUUAAAGUGACGAACAUACGAAAAGAAAGUGUUAACGUGGCUCUAACUUUUCCAUUUCCGCAGUCAUCUAUUAAAAAAAUAUAUUAUGAAGCAAAUAUCAUACCCUUGCCAGGUAAAAACUUGUGCAACAAAGACACUCCCGAGAACAACACCAUCAACACAGUUAAGGACACUUAUCCUAAGUCAAAUGAUGAUGCUUCAACACAAUCUACAUUGAUUAAUGUGGAGAAGUUACAACCAAGCACAAAAUAUUGUAUUAAAGUAAAAUACAAACCCAAUGGAUAUUCCCACUACACUGAAUCAGCUUUUGUUAAUGUUACCACUGAGGCAGAAAAACACACCCAUUCAGAUCUCAUCUUAAUUAUUGGUGUUGGCGUUACUAUUUUUACAACAGUUUUAAUUGUUGUUUGUGCAUGGUUGAUUUUCGAUCUAAGAAAAAGUUUUACUGCUUUUGUGCACAAGGAUGUACCAGAGUUUUUGAAGGAAAUAUGUGAUGAACUAAAUCAUAUUCAAGCUGGUAAUGAAAGUGAUGACACUCCUUUAUUAGAAAAAACAAUUAAAGGACAUUUCUUUGUCCCCACCACUGAGGAAGAAGCCGAUCCGUUUCCUACUGGUUUAAUUCGAGAACUUCCAGAUGUUUGUCAAGUAGAAACAAUAACCAAUUGUGAUGUCACAACUCGGAACUCUUCUGAUGAUGUCACUGUUUUAAAAGAUGUCAUCGAUGAUGUAACAACGACACAACAGCAUGAUAAUGAGCAAUGUUUGCAUCCUGAGAAACGUCCAAACUCUUAUAUACAAAUUGUGGGUUACCAAAACAAGGAGACAAGAGAAUCUGUGAGUGUUGGUGAACCUGCUCGCCAAACAAAUGAUAUUGUUAACGGAUACUCGCCUCAGUGAUGUCAUAAUAACCAAGCUACUGUUGUUUAAUAUAUUAUCAAUAACACUGCAAUCUACUGUUUAAUGUUGUUAUUAUAUCUUCUUACACUUUCUUUAUUCUUUCUUAUUGUUUUCUUCUACAAGGAUGAGGUACAACAACAAGACAUGUAACUGGAACUUAAGCCAGAGUUGACUAAUUACCCAACACCCACACACUAAUAUUAAAAUUUCAUUUGGCAAUAUAAAUAAGCUAUGCUGUUGCAAA